AUGUCUACGAAGAGUACGAGAAAUCUUCGACCGCGCACUAAGGGCCCGCCUGCCCCCGCGCUCACCGAUACCCCUACCCCCUCGUCCGGCAAGACCACGUCUACCGAGACACAUACAUGGAGCAAAGGCUCCACCGGCAACCAAGUGAAUAGCGGUGGAGAAAUGGACAACAAUUCGACCCCGUGGUCGCGCCGCCGCCUUAAUGGGGGCGGCUAUAAAUCAGAGGUCGCGGUGAUCUCGAUCUCGCGGUCUACCCCCAACAUCGAGAUCGACAUUAAGAAGGCGGGGAACAACACGCUGCCAUCGAGGGCGGAGGAGGGUAGUUGGGAAAAUGAUUUUUUCCCCCUACUCCCCGGUUUCGCCCCCGAUUCCAUUGAGGGCAGCGAGGAGAACGAAGACGCUGAGAACACCGCAGGCGAAGCCCCCGCCUCCCGUACCGCCUCCCCCGCACCUGCGGGCCCCGCGGUACAAGAAGAAGACUCGGAAGCAGCAGAGCAGCUACUCUCGACACCGACAACGCGGCCCUUCUCGCCCGUGUCGCCCGCCACCCCGUUCGAGACCCCUAUGGGCCAACUACAAAAUGACACCAUUGUAGUUGCCCAUAUGAUGGAAUCCGACUUGGGGUCAGCGAGCCUGAAGGCGUGGAUGGCCGCGUACAUCCGACUCACAUCCCACCAGCUCGGGAUAGAGACCGAGCUGCAUCCAGAGGACACCCAUUUCCUGGAGUUCCUGCGAAAUCACCCCGAGGCACUCAGGCCCCCCAAAAGGCCCCCAGAGAGCCCCCAAGACCCACAGGAGACCACGAAGAGGCCCUGUAAUAAGAUCACCCCACCAAGUGAUCCCAGGCUACGCCCAAGACGCUCAAGGUCAGCGGAAAGCGUAGCCCCCGGCGAACCCCCAGCCCCCAGCCGGCCCCCUUACAUCGCUCCCUGGAGGGCCCCGUCGCCAUCUACCAUAAUGGCGCAAAGCGGGCUCAGGGGAGUGGUAGCGAGGAGGCUAGACAGGAGCCACCACAGCUACAGGAAGCCCCCCCCCCCCUCACAGGAGGAGCCCCAACCCCAACGCCCCAAGAAGAAGAAGAAGGGGCAAAAGAAGCCCCCCAAACUUCAGGAGCCUGCAACUACCCCUGCUGCCACUACAGACUCACAACAUAGAGAGAAGGCACAGGGCCUCACGCAAGAGAGGCCCUCCCUCCCCUCCUCACAACAGGCAGCCAAUGAAGAGACGACCACAACGACACAGGGCCCCAUUCCCGAGCCCCUACCAUCAUCUUCAACAACUACAGAAAAGAAGACACCUACCUACGCAGCAACGGCAUCGCAGCCCACCCAAAAGAAGCCCGAGGAUGCCCCCGCUGCGCAGCAACAAACCCAGCAACCGCCGCCCGUUCCUUCGAUAGAGACGAUUUAA